CCCCCGCGAGGAUAUCAGGCAUCCUGUUGUUUUCACGAUGCAAAUCGUCGCCUCUCGUCAGCACCCAUCCAGUGAUAAUUGCGAUUUUGCCGGAUGAGCUCGCCUUGAGCGUCCAACCCCUAACGAAGAAGUUCCGGCUGUUCGUCGGUUGCAAUGGCCGACAUUACGGGGCCUCGACCUCGAAGCAACUCAAUACGUGCAGUAAACGCGCAUCGCGUCCAUAGUAGCUGCGAUCGGUGUCGGAGCAGAAAAACCAAGUGUAUCGAUCCCGUUCCCGGACCAUGUCGUUAUUGUGCCCGCACGGGAGCGAUUUGUACAACAGCUACCCCGCGGAGGAAGCGGCCAUUUUACCAUGUGACCGAAGAGGAGUAUCAACUAUCUAUGAGUAUUCUCUCGAAAGUGUUCCGUGGCCAGCAGCUCAACCUUGAAUCCCUACGCAAGAUUUCAAAGGCUGCCAAGGACGGCUCACUCAUUUUGCCGACUUUGGAUGCAGGUAGCUACAUCGAGCCGCACCAGUCCCCAGAAGACGACGAUGACUACUCUGGUGCAGAUACCCUGGGUGAAUGGACAGUCGAAGGAGAAAACCUACACGAGCCGCUGGGCAGUAUGAUGAAAGACUCUCAAGGCGUCUUGCGUUACGUCGGUGCCCAAAGUGACAUACCGUUCAACGGAGCGGUUGCAAACUUCUGCGGACCUCAACGGAAGACAUAUCCCCCACUGGAAAAGAAUACAGACAUGAUCCCUCCCGCAAGAGUUGGUGCCUAUCCACCUCAAGAGGAAGGCAAAGAGGAAGUGUUCUGGCUUCCACCGAAAGAGCUUUGCUUCCACUACGUCAAAAGAUAUCGCGAAGAGGUACACUGCAUGUACUGGCUUUAUCCCGAAGCAAGACUACUACAACGGAUCGAAGAUACUUAUGAAUGGUACGGGUCAGCACCCAUGCACUUCACAGUCAAGCUCGAGCAUGGCACUCCACCUCCCAGGAGAGGCGUGCGGCCAUCCAUCUCAUGGAUAUGUUCUAUAUACGCUAUGUGUGCCCUUGGCGCAGCACCGCGCAACUCCGAAGGAAGAUCGCUUUCGCCUGGAACCUACGCGGAUGUGCCCACCAAAAUGUCGGAAGACUAUAUCGACUUGGUCAAGCAACUCAAACCGAAGGUGGAAGAUGCUGCAGAUAUUGAUAGUAUACGAGCAUUGGCCGUAGCGGCCAUUGCACUCGAGAACGCACUUCGGAGAGUCACGGCAUACCUAUACAUCGGAACUGCAAUCCAAAUAGCAUGGUCACUGGGUCUACAUCGGGACCAAUUACCGAUGUCAAAGUCUGAGGAAGAACGCGAAGAGAAUCGCCGCAUAUGGUGGACAUUGACUACACUCGACCUAGAAAUAGGCAUGAGAGGCGGUAGUCCAACACUGAUUGAUGAACGUAUUCUAAAGGUCACGACUUCAUUACCGCUGGAGCGGAUUGGUCGUGAGCCGAUGAAACCCGAAAUCCUAGGGAUAUAUACGCCGCGGAAAUGGCUAUCGACGUUCCAUGACCUAGGUGAAUGGAAGCGUCACAUCAUUCGAACAAUGUACACGGAGCGAAAGAACGACGGUGAAGAGUCGCAAAAAAUAUCAUUCUCGACGGUCUCGCACUUACUAGGGAAGCUUCGAGAAUGGUAUCAAGGCCUACCCAUACAUCUGAAGCAAGAAUCUUAUCGGAUAGCGCCCGAAUUCUACAGGCGCGCGAUAAUGGUACUUCAUCUACACUACUGGAGUACAAAAAUACUUCUCACCAGACCUUUCCUACUCAACCUUGUUCUGAACAAUCAAAGAAUACCAUCUGAAAACAAAAUCGGUUACGAAAAGAUGGCCAACGUGUCUGUCGAUGCUGCACAGAGAAGUGUCGAGCUGUUUCAACAGAUGGUAGACGAUCAUACGAUAUCCAGUCUGACAACGUUCGACAGCACUGCUGUCCUUCGAUGCAUCACAAUCUUCAUGUGCGCCUUCGGAUACUUUCGGACAACCGGCCCUGGACAGAACGCCAGCGAACGCGUAGCCGUUGCCAAACAAAUGAAGGAGUGCGCCAAUGACUGCGUUGUCAUCGCUAGAAAGAUGGAGCAAAUCGGGUUUGCGAAGAUGAUCGUAAAGGAGACGCCAAUUCAUCUCGAGGCUCUCGGCAUGGGCAUGGAAUCUACACGACAAUACCUCAAUGCGAGCGACACACCAGACGGACACACUCCUCCAGGUCCGUCGUUCAACCUGGACUUGACCUCACUACAAAACCAGCAGAUGAUGGGCAUUGAGUUUGACGACCCUGGUGCUCUUAAUAACGACACGUUCCUUGUGGCUUUCGAGCCCGAAUCAGACUACACAAACCUGUAUCAGCCUCAUCAACAGUACCAGGAUCACAGCCAACAGCACCAACAAUGGCAAUGACCUGCACCGCCCAUCUUUAAGCGAGCUCAGGUGUCAGUACAGAUUAAAUUUUUAUAUACGAUCAAGCAAGCCUUUCGCAAGGCAACGUGUGACUGAGGCCCAUAGACUUUGUAAAUCAUAUUCAAUUCGCUCGGUGUGUCUUGAUAGCCAUUCAGGAUAUUCGAGAAUGACCUGCAGGCUGUUCACACGCGAUACAGAUACCUGACUGAGUCCCCAGCAGCUUGUGAUUGUCCACAGACCGCGUG